AUUCGACAUAUAUGAAAUCCUCAUUAGCAUAUUUUUCGAACAGCAUUUGUUUUUGAGUGUGAGACUAAAACUUAAUUAUCCUCCAGUUGAUAAUUUUAACCGAGUUAAAUCAGCUGAUAGGCUAGUUUUACUGUCGUUGGACUCACUUUGCAAAUACUUUUUCCAUCCAUGGUCUCGACCAAACUCUUUCAACAGUGGAACUAAGAUAUUCUUUCAUACACGCACAACUAGCUUUUUCUUUAUCUUUGCAACAGUAGUUUUUAAUUUAAUUUUGCAAAUAUGUUGGGGCGAACGAUAGUUAUUGCUGCUUUGUUUUGGAAGUAUGCAUCAUCUUACAACAUAGAAACUACAAAGACGUUCUCUUUGUAUAUGAGAGAUGGCGGUGCCAGCAGUAGGACGACUGAAAAGGAACCUGCUUAUGCUGGCUACACGUUCAACGUUAGGUUAGAAGAUGAAAAUGCGAGAAUACUCGUUGGACAACCCCGUGCAGGUGUAGUUGAUCAAGCUAUAUCCCCAGGAGCAAUUUUUCUUUGCAACUUUACGUACGUUGGCGAGAAUUUAGCAACGACAAGUCUAAUGGCGGCUACUGAAUCUAUGACAACGUAUGGUUCCAGCGAGUUCACAACAACAACCUUUGAAAGUACGGUAGCAUUGAAUACCACGUUUCAUGAUGAAAGUACGAUGGCACCGGAUACAACGUAUCAAGAAACAGGGAUGCCAGAUACUACUUUAGCAAUGGGAAUGACGACAGUUGGCACGGAACUUACAACAGGGGUGCCAGAUUUUUCCUCGCCAACCUGCACCAAGUUAACAAUUUUUGACAGCACGGAUCGAACUCAGAUUGGACAAGAUCACAAAACUCAAGCUGAUGCACUCGGUCUUUCGAUUGAAAAAAUGAAAAACAGCUCGGAUUAUGUGGUCUGCACUCCUCUUCGGCAAAAAAAAUGUCCAGGAUCAGGUCGCACACCUGGUGCUUGCUAUGUCGGAAACGAACAUGGUAAUUGGGAAUUCAAAGUUUGGAAUGAAUCAAAAUGCUUUGAUAAAACAAUUGAAAUCAUUUUUGUCGUGGAUGGAUCUGGUAGCAUCGGUGAAUCAAAUUUCAUGCUCGUGAAGCAAUGGUUGAUUAAUGUAACAGCUAGUUUGAUAAAUGAUUUCGGAGACGCGGUUCGAACGGAGGUUUUACAGUUUUCUAAUAAAGAUAAUCCAUGGGAUGGAGUUGCAAUUAAAGACUCCAAGAAAUUUGUUAUUCCCUACAAAUUAGAGGAUGGCUAUGCUAUUGAAAAUAUAACUCAGCUCAUUACUGAAAUGCCAUAUCUAAACUCUGCCACGUACACAUACUAUGCACUGCGAAGAACAAUGGAGGUGGAAUUCCCGAAAUCCAGCCACUAUGCAACGUCUGUGAAAAUGGUCGUAGUUCUCACCGAUGGAGAAGCGAAUGAUGGGGCUUUCCUCAGUGGAUGGCAUGAUAAAUACAAACACAUGAUAACGCCGUUUGCUGUUGGAGUGGGAAAUUAUGAAAAAUUUUUGAAUCAACUGCAAAAUAUUGCUAACGGAGGAACUGGAAAUGAUAGAGUUCUGACAGUUGCCGACUUUGGUGCCUUACAGGGCGUUAUUAAAGAUUUAACAUCAGUCAUAAAGAGCGAAGCAUUAGAAGGUCGCAAGGAAGUCAGUGAAAUAGGGAACGACAUUGACAAUGCACAAGUCGGUGCAUCGAUAGCAUCAAGUAUGCACGGAUCUUUAUAUAUUGGUGGAGUUGGAAUGUAUCAAGGGAUUGGCUCCAUCAUAAAGUAUGGAAAAUCUACCGAUAAAGAUCCAUAUAUCUCACCUUACUCCAACGUUGAAAACGUCUUGAAGAAUUCUACCGAAGAUACUCCAUAUUUAGGAUACGCCACUGUCACGGGAUUUUUUGACGGAAUCAAUUCGACAGAAUACGUAGCAACUGGAGCACCAAGAUACAAGCUAGAAGGAGCUGUUAUCGUGUACGAGUCUGUUCCAGGAAGCACUGAUUGGAAAGAUGCCGUAACGAUACUACCCCCGCCAGUCGAUAAAAUGCAUACUGGUUGUUAUUUCGGUGGAGUUUUGUUGACUGUUGACGUGAAUGGUGACGACAAGGAAGACUUGUUGGUUGGCUCACCUUUAUAUAUUGAUCAAAAUUACGACGAAGGCAGAGUUUUCGUUUAUAUCAGUCAGAAAGCCAAUUCCUUAUCGAGCUGGGCUUCUAGAUCAUAUAUUCCCACUGAGCUCUACGGUGACAAUUUGCCUGGUGGACGGUUGGAACAGCAAUGACCAAACGCCGGAGACUUGAAUUUGGAUGGGUAUAACGACGUUAUUAUCGGUGCUCCG